CUCAAGUGCUGCUUUAUUCCUGUGGGUUGGAUCAGAGACUCCCUUGACAUCCCCAAUGGAGAGGUACGAGUCUAACGGCGGGGAGAAUGUGAACCCAGCCUAUGACAGGACUGGGGAUGAGCCACCUAAUUAUGAGGAGACCUCCUUCUCUGGGACCAACGGCAAUGGUAUCUCUAAUGGGGAACACCGAACCAUCCGGCCGUCAGUUGUCAGCGCCUUCGGUCAUGACACUUUGGACCGUGUGCCCAACAUCGACUUUUAUCGUAACGCAGGCAGCGUGAGCGGUCAUAGGGCUGUGCGGCCAUCUCUGCAAGAGCUCCACGAUGUUUUUCAGAAGAAUGGAGUGAUCUCGGUGCCAGAUACCGUGGAGGAUGACAUGGAGGAGAGCGAAGGGACACCCUCUGAUGAUGUGGAGUCUGUCGCCCCCAUUGAAAAGAGCAAAGGAGCCGUGAAGUUUGGCUGGAUAAGGGGUGUUCUGGUGAGAUGCAUGCUGAAUAUUUGGGGUGUCAUGCUCUUCAUCCGUUUGUCCUGGAUUUUUGGACAGGGCGGCUGGGGUCUGGGAAUAGUGAUCAUUCUUCUCAGCUGCGUGGUGACCACCGUCACUGGCCUUUCCAUGUCUGCCAUUUGUACAAACGGAGUGGUCAGAGGAGGUGGAGCGUAUUAUCUAAUAUCCCGCAGUUUGGGCCCAGAGUUUGGCGGUUCCAUCGGUCUGAUUUUUGCCUUUGCCAAUGCGGUUGCUGUUGCUUUGUAUGUGGUGGGCUUUGCAGAGACUGUCGUAGACCUCCUAAUAGAGCAUUCUGCUGUCAUGGUGGAUCCGGUAAAUGACAUCAGGAUCGUUGGAUGCAUCACAGUAGUGUUGCUGCUGGGCAUAUCAGUGGCUGGAAUGGAGUGGGAAGCCAAGGCGCAGAUUAUUCUACUUGUGAUCUUGCUUGUGGCCAUAGUGAACGUGUUUGUAGGAACAUUCAUCCCUGCAACUGAGGACAAGAAAUCCAAAGGCUUCUUCAAUUAUGACUCGAAAAUAUUCCUAGAGAACUUUACUCCAAACUUUGAAGACGGAGAAACAUUCUUUUCUGUGUUUGCCAUCUUCUUCCCUGCUGCUACGGGUAUUUUGGCUGGAGCUAACAUCUCUGGUGACUUAAAGGAUGCCCAAGCGGCCAUUCCUAAAGGCACCUUGCUGGCUAUCCUAAUUACUGGUAUCACCUACUUGGCUGUGGGCCUCUGUGUCUCUGCUACUGUUGUCCGUGAUGCUACAGGAAACACAACUGACAGCAUCACCAUAGGAACGCUGUGUAAUGGCACAGCCGCAGCUGCUUGUGAGCUGGGAUACAAUUUCUCCAGCUGUGAUGUUGAAGACUGCCGUUUUGGCUUGAUGAACAACUUCCAGGUGAUGACCAUGGUAUCAGGGUUUGGCCCUCUCAUAACUGCUGGAACCUUUUCAGCCACCCUCUCCUCAGCAUUGGCGUCCCUUGUCAGUGCGCCCAAAGUUUUCCAGGCUUUGUGCAAAGACAACAUCUACAAGGUUCUACACUUUUUUGCCAAGGGUCAUGGAAAGAACAAUGAGCCAAUUCGUGGCUAUGUCCUCACCUUCUUUAUCUCAGUAGCCUUCAUUCUCAUUGGUGAUCUGAACAUCAUUGCUCCUAUUAUUUCCAACUUCUUCCUGGCAUCGUAUGCUCUCAUCAAUUUCUCCUGCUUCCAUGCAUCCUACGCCAAGUCUCCCGGAUGGAGACCAGCAUAUAAAUUUUACAACAUGUGGCUUUCCCUGUUUGGUGCCUUGCUCUGCUGUGGCGUUAUGUUUGUCAUUAACUGGUGGGCUGCCCUUCUCACAUAUGCCAUCGAGAUCCUCCUCUAUAUCUAUGUCACCGUCAAAAAGCCAGAUGUGAACUGGGGUUCAUCUACUCAGGCAGUGACGUUUGUGAGUGCAGUCAGCAAUGCUCUGUCACUGACUGGCGUGGAGAACCAUGUCAAGAACUUCAGGCCUCAGAUCUUAACACUGACAGGUUCUGCAAGGACCAGACCAGCUCUCCUUGACCUGUCUAGCUCCUUCACAAAGAACUAUGGACUCUGUCUCAUCUGUGAAGUGAUAGUGGGCCCAAGACCAGAGACCCUUUCGGAGAUGAAUGCUGGCAUGGAGAAGAACCAGCUGUGGCUUAAUAAAAAGAAACGCAAGGCAUUUUAUGCUGCUGUGGCUUGUGACAACUUCAGGGAAGGGGCAGAGACCCUGCUGCAGGCCUCUGGAUUGGGUCGAAUGAAGCCCAACACGUUGAUGAUUGGUUUCAAAAGAAACUGGAGGAGUGCUGAUAGAGAGGAAGUGAAGAAUUAUGUGGGAGUGCUGCAUGAUGCGUUUGACUUUGAGUAUGGGACCAUGGUGCUGAGAAUGAAGCAAGGUCUCGACAUGUCUCAAUUUGUAGAGGAGGAAGAGGAGAUGCUGAGGGCUGCAAAGGAGCAAGAGGCUCUGGAGAGGGAAAUGAUGCCAAACGGAGGUAAAGGAAAAGGAUUCUUCAGGAAAUCCAGAAAAUCAUCUCAACAGGUCCUCACCACAAGAGUGUCGGUGUGCAGCCCACCACCGCAGCAGGUUGCCAAGAUGAAUGAGAUGCUAAUGCAGGCCAGCACUCAGUUCCAGAAGAAACAGCCCAAAGGCACCAUUGAUGUGUGGUGGUUGUUUGAUGAUGGAGGUCUGACCCUGCUGAUGCCCUACAUACUCACCACCAGGAAGAAGUGGAAGGACUGUAGGUUAAGGAUCUUCAUUGCCGGGCAGCCUGGACGCAGUGAGCUGGACAAACAGGAGAUGAAGUCCCUGGUGGAAAAAUUCAGAAUCAACUGCAGCGACAUCAAUGUCAUUGAUGACAUUCAUGUCAAACCCCGCUCUGACAGCUGGAGCGCAUUUGAGGAGAUGAUCGAACCCUUCCGUCUGCAUGAGCAGUCCAUAGAAACUACCAAGGCAGAGGCCAUGAAGAAGGAGUGCCCCUGGAAGAUCACUGAUGAAGAGCUGGACAGCUUUGAGGAGAAGACCAGCCUCCAGGUGCGACUGAAUGAGCUGCUGCAGGAGAACUCCAAAUCCGCCAACCUAAUCAUUGUGAGCAUGCCCAUUGCUCGUAAGGAGUCCGUCUCUGAUUACCUCUACAUGGCCUGGCUGGACGCUCUGACCAAAAACCUCCCGCCCACACUGACCAUCAGAGGCAACCACAAGAGCGUGCUUACUUUCUACUCCUGAGCACCUCACAGGAUGCGGAACAAUGGUCGCUUCAACUGACCUUGCUAGUUAGGACCUAAGCAGCUACAUUGGUAUCAUAAUAUCACACUACGUUCAAUGAAGCAUACCAGAGACUUAAAAUGGCAUUUAAUUUUUCCAGGCCAUUUUCCGCCGUAAAAUACUCAAAGUGAAGCAUUUUUGUUGGCUUGUUGAGUGUACAGUAUUCAUAAAUGGUCUUUGAUCCUGGUUUUAAAAAAAAAGAGAAAAAAUACUCCAGUUUCAUUGGGAAAUGCUAAGAUUCUUUACUUUCACUUGACAUUACAACACCCCCGUGCAACCAUUUUUGCGUCCCUCCCUUGAACUACUGAUUAUCUAAUUCUGAGACACAUAACAAAUUGUCAGGUUUAGAAAUGUGUUCGUAUGGCAUGAAAGAGAGACCGAAAGAUGCCAAUCAUUCUCAAUCACAGUUUAGAGCAAUGUUGUUGUUUUUUUUACCCCUCUGCCUGCCAUGUACAUAAAGAGGUUUGGGUGGGUUGUGACCUGGUGCGGGAUGGCUCCAGGCUUGCAAGACAGUUUAGAUAGUGAACUCAGACAAUCUGGCUGCUGCAGUAAAAAUUCAACAGCUCCAUGCAACUAAUAUUUUAAAUGAUACUCUGCUUCCCAUUUUGUGCAGGAGCAAGUCCAGAACAUGAACUUCAGAACACAGUCAAAGUUUAGACACUUUAACCUGAGGGAUGAGUAUGGUGUGUGUGUGUGUGUGUGUGUGUGUGUGUGUGUGUGUGUGUGUGUGUGUGUGUGUGUGUGUGUGUGUGUGUGUGUGUGUGUGUGUGUAUCACAUUCUUAAGCUUUGGUGAAACGCACUUACUCCAUUUAGGCACUCACAAUGUAAGUCGAACGCUAUGCAAAAUUAUUUGUGCCUUUUCAUUGUAUAACCAAAAUCUGAUAACAGUCUAAUGGCUAAAGUACAGAUGCACAAGAUAGCCUCCAAUGGGGCAUAAUCGCAUUACAAGUCACUGCAUCAUCUACUCCAUUAAUUAUAAAGCAAAUGCAUGGACAUUUGCAUUUGCCAGUCUUUAUCUUUAUAUACUAUAUAUAUAUAUAUAUAUGUGUGUGUGUGUGUGUAUGUGUAUGUAUAUAUAUAUAUAUAUGUAUAUGUAUAUAUAAAUAAAAAAUAUAUAUAUAUUGGGGUUGAGGGAAUGUGUGUGUGUGUGGGGGGGGUUGGGCUCUGUGAUGGCCUGGCGGCCUGUCCAGGGUGUCUCCCCAUCUGCCGCCCAAUGACUGCUGGAAUAGGCUCCAGCAUCCCCGCGACCCCGAGAGCAGGAUAAGUGGUUCAGAUAAUGGGUGGAUGGAUGGAUGGAAUAAUAGCCACAGGCACUGGCUUUAUUACUAGGUUAGCCUGUGGUAUGUGGCCUACUUUUUUUUUAAAAACAUUUGUUUGAUAUGCAUUGAGGAGUGUAAGAUACUGUGUAUGGUGGUGUAUUAUAAAUUACUAUGAAUUACUUUUGUUGUGAAUUGUUUUUAUUACUUUUAUAAAAUAAAAAUUAAGAAUAAGAAAAAUUAAACGUUUAUUAUAAAUCAUACAAUCAUAGAAUGUAUAAACUUUUACUAUAAAUUAUGAGUACUUUUGUUUUCACAUCACACUCCCAUGUGUUAAUGGAAAGUCACCUGUCAAACAAGAGCUUGUAUUCAUAAAUGUUUUGUAUAUUUUGAAAAUUUUUUUUGUUUAUUCAUUUUGUUUCGGCUUGUUUUUCUUAUAUUUAAUUAAUUUUGUGAUUACCUAAUAUGAUGACUGAAUGAAUGAAUAAAUAAAAGAUUUUUUUCAUAUUUUUG